AUGUCAUAUAACAAGAAUUAUGGAGGGCAGUUCAUGGGACUUCGCCAGUCAGCAGAUAAAAACGAUGACAACAAAUUAAAUGAUCAAAAAUUACAGAGAAUGUUUAAAAAAAAUGAUAAAAAAAAUGCAGAAAAGGUUAUUUUUUCCUUAUCAGAAUUAAGGGGAAUAAAUAUACCCGAAAUACAAGAUGGAGAGAUAUACUUUUUCUGCACAGUAAUAUUUGAUAAUGAUGAAGUGAAAGUGUCAAUGGAAAAGUCAAAUCACAACUCUUCGCUGGUCCUAGGCCAAUAUUUGCAUGAAUAUUACACGCUUGAAUUUAAUGAAGAGAUCGUUUUAAACAUCCCCGAAAAUUCAAACUUUGUAAGAUGUUACGUUUCAUGUCUCACAGUGACCAACAUAGAAGGACAGAGAAACAUCAAGCUCGAGGGAAUAGGCUAUACAGAUCCAUAUAAAAUUAAAGAAUGCCAUGUAUAUCCAUAUACAAGGUGUAAGCUAAAUACAGCAUUGGGAGCUGUGGAAACAAAAGGCACUUUAAAAAUGUGUGUUAAGUGUGUAGAUAGAUUUCAUCCGUCUGAGGAGAAAGAGAUGAAACCUUUUAACGUGAUAGAAGAGUUUAAAAAAAGACUUGAAGAAUAA